AUGCCCCCUCCUUCUCAACCUUUACUUCAAUCAACAACACAAGCGACAACAACACAAGCACAAGCAGAAGCAGAAGCACAAGCAGAAGCACAAGCACAAGCACAAGCAACAACAGAAGCGCAAGCACCAACACAAGCACCAACACCUUCACCCCCAUCUCCCCCCUCCCAUCUCCUCCCUCCCCCUCCAUUUCCAAACCCUCCCUCUCCCCCCUUCAACCCAGCGCCCCCCUCAACCCCCCCCUCCACCUCAACCCCCCCCCUCAACCCCAACCCCCAACGCCACCCCAACCCCCACCUCCAACUCAAACUCAACCGCCAGCGCCACCUCCAACGCCAGCAAACCAAGACCGAACUGCAGCAGCUGCUAGAUUUGCAUUCUGGUUCAGCUUCUCCGGCUACUUCCGCUUCUCCGACCAAUUCAGCUUCAGCUUGUGUUGCGUCUGCGGCUGGGUCUAGGUCUAGGUCAGCUUUGCCUUUGCUUUUAGCUUCAUCUUCAUCUUUGCCUUCAUCUUUAUUUUCAUUUAAAGUCGAAGUCGUACCUUCAUCCGAAAUCGUACUAAUAUCUUCAAGCGAAUCAACACCUUACCAACCCCCCUCCUACCACCAGCACCACCACCACCAGCACCAGCAUCUUCACCACCACCACCAGCAGCAACAAGCCCUCGCCCUCGCCCUCGAAUCCCAACCUCAAUCCCAAUCCCAAGCCCAAGCCCGAGCCCAACCCCUCGCUUUCGCCUUCGCGCGCCGCCUCGCUCGAGAUUCCAACUCUAACGCCCAUAGCCAACUUCACCACCAACCUUUCGCCCGGCUCUACCCUCUUCAGCAGCAAGCUUAUCACUUCGCUCGAUCCGGAUCUCGAUCCUAUCACUUUUCCGAGCAAAGCCGUAGUAAUAAUAAUACUGGUAAUAGGCGAAGGGAUAGGCGAAGGGAUAGCACCAGCGAUAGCCGAAGCGAUAGCACUAGCACUAGCAUCUGGCUGACGCAGUUUUUGAAGGCGCUGUUGGGAUUGAGUUCGGGAUUGGGAUUGGGAUUGGGAUUGAGUUUGAAGGGUGAGGGGGAAGGGGAAGGAGAAGGUGAGAGUGAGAGUGAGAGUGAGAGUGAAAGUGAGAGUGAGAGUGAGAGUGAGAGUGAAGCAAAAGCAGAAGCACCAGCAGAAGCAGCUAUGGAUCAAGGACAAGCUCAAGCUCAAGGACAAAGUCAAACUCAAGCACAAGCUCAAGCUCAAAGUAUGGAUGGAAGAGAAGGAGAGAGGGGAGUAGCGAGGGGAGUAGCGAGAGGAGUAGGAAGGGGGAGAGGAGUGGGGAGAGGAAGAGGGAGAGCGAAGGGGAAGGAGAAGGAGAGGGAGAAGGAGGCGGUGGAGGGGAGAGGGGGGAGGGAGAGGGAGAAGGAGAAGGAGAAGGAGAAGAGGCGGUUGGAACGACGGGGACGAGAAGAGCAACGGGAGGAACGAGAGCGAGAGCGGCUGUUGCUGCUGCGGCAGCGAAGAGAACAAGGACAGCGAUGGAUGCCGGGUUUUAUUACGGCUUUUUGGAAGCGGUAUUACGACCAUACGACUCUUUCAUCCGAAGCUUCACCCCCAACCCGACCCGGAUCCUCAUCCUUAACCCAACCCGGAUCCUCACCUCCAACCCAACCCGAGUCCUCUACCCCAGCCCAACCCGACUCCUCAUCCGAUCCGCCCCCCUUCGCGAGCAUCAUAGCCGGCCUCCACGACGGCCACGCCCUCCUAGCAACCGCAUUCGCCAUCACCACCUCCGUCAGCCGCGCCAUCUUCGGCCUCAUCUACGCCGGCUUCAACCUAGCCCUCACCUCCCUCGGCCUCGUCUCCUACCGGCUCUGGGGCCUUUUGGUCAUCCUCUUCUGCUGCAUCGUGAUGCUGUCCGGCGCCAUCUACGUCGGACAAGCGAUCGAAGCGUCGCCCCGCCCGGCCGUGACCCUCAUGCUGCGCGCGCUCGGGUGGACGGGCAUCGGCUACCAGAUGGGCGGCUUUACCCGCUGGACGCGCCGCAGCGUGUGUCCCGUCCUGCCGCUGCAAGGAUCCUUUUUAGGCCUGGAUCUAGGCAUUUGCGUCGUGCGCGUCGAAGAGGCCCAGACGGCGAAGGAAGAGUGGAAAGAGACGGCGCCGCUGAGUCGAGACGUGGAUCGGAACGAGGCCGUGUUCGACCGCCUGUUUCGGAGUAACGAGCAGUGGGUGAAGAUUAUCGAGAAGGAGGCGGAAGUCGCGCGGACGAUCCAAUCCCUCAAGCACAUCCACAGCCAGUGGACCCACACCCAGCGCACCCUCUCGGUCCGCACCGGCCUCUUCCCCCCUGCGCCCUUGACCGACCCCGACCCCGACCCCGAGCCCGAGACCUCCGCCCGCCAGACCUACGCCGACCUGCUCACCGUCCUCGGCACCCUCACGCGCGCCCAGGCGACCGAGAUCGACGCCUUCUGCCGCGUGCCCGACCUUCUAGUCCUGAUGCUCGCUAAGAUCCGCUUCACCUUGAGCACCACGUCUCACCGCAUCGAGGACCUCCCCGCCCCCGGCGCGGCGCGCAACGUGGCCGGUCGGGCCCUGCGACGGGACUACAUCAUGCACCUGGAUUCGAUCAUCGUCGUGCUGCGGUCGCUGCUGAAGAAUUUCGAUAUCAUCAUCCGCACGCACGAUCAGGCGACCGAGGCCAUGACGGAGCUGGCGAUCCAGGCGCACCGUCACGCCCUCGCGUGUGUGGUGGAGGCGGCCCGCGGCGGGGGGGGUGGCCGCAGCUGGUUCUGGAGCGCGCAGCAGCAACAGCAGCAGCAGUGCGCGAAACCGGUGCAGCUGACGCUCCGUUCCAUCAACGACAUCGAUCGGUUAGACAUCCGGGUCUUGGUCGACAUCCGGAAUCACGGCGUGGAGUUUCUCAACCACUUCCUCGCGUUCCGCGCGCACAUCUUGGACGGCGUGUUGCGGGAGGACGAGACGGGCGGGAAGACGUGGACGGAGGUGCUGUGGGCGUCGAAGGAGGAGGAUGUGAACGAUGUGAGUUUUCACGUGAAUGGGUUGCGGAGUCUCUGGGUGUUUGUGACGACGACGCGAGAGAGGAAGGGGGAGGGGGAGGGGGAGGGAGAGGAAAGAAGGGGAAGGUAG